GUCCCGCUCCCGGAAUAAUCUGUCAGGACCCUCUCCAAUUAACUGGUUUCCAUCUUUAUCUGCGUUUCGAACUUCACUUGUCCAUCUCAUUCGACGUUGUUCGAUCGAGUCUGUUACCAGCUGUCUAGUAUGCAUGUCGCUGACUGGUCCAGAUGGCCUGCUUCUGCUCUUCACCCGUUUACCUUCUGGGUGAUCAUUCUUAAGGCUAAGCGCGGGUUGCUGCGAUGGCUGCUGGCUUGACUGGCCGGCUUGCGCGUUGGCAGUGGAGUGACUCUUCGAAGACCUGCGCUUUUUCUUGGGUUGGCUUGUGGUGGAGGAUGUUGGGUUUUGUCCUGAUUGCGGAUCGAAUGAGGUCAAUCGAUAGUUCGGUUGCUGCUCUGUUUGCUGGUCCCUAGAAUCUUGCGUGGAACCACAAUUACCCAUUUUAGCUGCGUGAGAGGGCGGAUUCGGGGAGGUUUUUUCCUUUCUUUUUUUUUUGGGUGCGCCGAUAUGAGUUCGAAUCGGAAACUGGAGUGUAAGACUUUGUCGAUAGAGAACUCGCAAAAUUAGAUUCUGACGUU